UUCUCUGCACUUCCUGUAAAGUUACGCUCAGCAGAAACAGCUACAUGUGAAACACAGACAAAACCCCCGAACACUAUUUCAGAGGAGUGAGAAAAUGGAUAACUUAUCAAUCGCCUCAUGAAAACUUUUCCCAACUGAAUGGGAUGGCAUUGUAGACACUCCUGCCAUUUCAGAUCCAGCUACUCCCUCCUCCUCUGAAGUAACUCCUUUGCCGCCAUUACCAUCGGCUCAUACUGCUAAUCAUAACCCUUCAUCUGUGUUUGGCUACAAGGAUACUAUCACCUAACCGGCCUGUCCUUGAGUCCUGCAUCAGGUUUCAGUUUUGUUUCCCUGCUGAGUUUUUGCACUGCCAUGGCCCUGACUGUCAGUGGAAUACAGCUCUACCCAGCGAGAGACUUUGACCAGAUAGUGGAGAUCAGAGCAGCGAGACAUGAACACCUGCGAGGACGUAACAACGUGACUUCAUGUCGCAGCCCAACGAGAGAGAUUGACACAAGAAUGAUAAAGAAUGAGCUGAAGAAAAAGAGACAUCUGGAAUUUCUGAGGAGGAGAUCAGUGAGCCCAGAGCCACGUGGUUUGAGGUGUACAAACCACUCUUCAGCUACAAAACAGAGGUUUUCAGUGAAACAACGAAGUUCAGUCAGGAAGUCUGAGACUUUGCAUACAAAUAUCCAGAACGCUUCCACAACUAAUGGACAUCCAGUAAUGAUAUUAAAAGCAAACAACAUAACCGAGGGCCCUAGCACCAGCACUUGGGCUUCGUUAUGGUCAGAAGAGGUAACACUGACUAGACAAGAGAAAGGCCGUGAAAGGACACAAGCAUCUACCUCCACAACAACUAUAAAGGAAUCAAACCAGCACAGGACAAAAACUCAAAAGACAAGCAUCAAAACAUUCAUCCAAGCAGAAAAGAGCCACCAAAAACACACUGUCCAGACUGAAAAUAUUCUGAAAACAAACACAAUGCGAGAGACCAGCGUGCAAACAGAGUCCGGUCUUGUCACUGUCAAGGAGUCAGAUGUUCAGCGGUUAGCUGACUACCUGCAGGAGGCCCUGUGGAGAGAGGAGGCCAUGAAGAAGAAGCUGGCAGCCCUCCAGGAGAGCACGUCAAACCUCAUUAACUCCUCUCACAAAAUAUGGACAGCUCGUUGCAGUGAAGACCUGCUGAGAAACAAGAUCAAGACUCUGGAGGCGCAGCUGCAAGUCUGUCUACAGAGGUUUCCCAAGGAUGGAAUGAAGAAAGUGGUGCUACAGAUGGAGAAGCAAAAAAUGAUAUAUGAGGAGAAGGCCCUGGCCGCUCUGCAGAAGGCCACGCAGGACAAAACUGAGGCGAUCUGCAAAGCUGAGACAAUGCAGGAAGCGCUAAUUGCAGCAAAGACAGAAGCACUGCGAUGGCAGAGCCUUUACGAGGAGCUGAAUCUGAGCUCUGGACAGCUCAUGGAAAACCAGCUCCACAGUGCUGAACAACUGCAACAGCUGCACAGCCAGGUGGAGCUGUCCAGAGCCAGAGAGGCAGAGCUGACAGAAAAGGUGGUGUCAUUAAAUCAAGACAAGGGGGAGCUACAGUAUAACAUCUGCCUGCUGGAAGAGGACAAUCAGAUGCUAAGAGAGGAAAUCCAUCACCUUAGAGAUGGCAGCCAUGAGAGCCAGGACUUUGUGAUGCUGGGACGUCUGGUGUCAGAGGAAGAAGAGCCACAAGUCACAGUGAGGAGAAACUCUCAGGUGGAGGAGCAGCUCCGUCACACUCAAGAGAAACUCCGACUCAAAGAGAAAGAGUGUGAGGAGCUGCAGUCAGAGCUGUAUGCCAUGGAGCAGGAGUGUCAGUCCAGUCAGGCCCGGCUGUCGCAGUGCAGGGAUGAGCUCCGGCAAAUCAGCACCCGCCACAAGAGACCGACGCUGUGCGGCUCUUGGUGGAAGGUGUGGAUGUUCUUCCUUCUGAUCCUCAUUGUGGCGGAGGUUGCCAUGUUGUGGUUGUGGUAUCCUCCUUUCAGGGAGCAAGUUGAAGACCUGUACUCUGACAUCGAGACACGUAUUGACAACUAUCUAAUGGAAAUGGCUUCUCCUCGACACUCAGGCUGUUUUAGACCAAUAUGAUAAUGUCACUGCUCAGACUUAUUAUUUUUGUUGCAUUUGUAUUAAAGUGAGACUUUUCUAGGGUGUAGUUUGUUGAUAUUAUUUUGUCUGAUGCAAUUUUAGACAUGGAACUCAAAGUGUGUGUUAUGAGAUAAUGUUUUCAUGUGUAAUAUGUUUGCAGAAAGUUCAAAUACAAGUGAACAAUGCAAGAGCGACAAUGCGACAAUGUUUGCAAUCAUUGCAACAAUUGAAACCUGUUAAAGGCACCAUCAUCUAACAAGUUGACUGACAUUCAUUAAUGAGUAGAAAUAAGGAAGUAUCCUUCAUACUGUAAACAGCUUAUUUAAUCAAAUCCACCAAAAAGACAUAACGUCACAGAAAUACUUUGGGCUGUUGUGAUGAUGGAAUUGACAUCAGUGCUAUGAGGUGUAUGGAGAGUUGUUUUACUGUCACUAUGACUUACAAUAAAAGAAAAAAGGGAGAGUAAACACUCAGUAAAAAUGUGAAUCUCAUAAAAAAUAAAGAAAUGUUAUGAUGAGAAA